AAAAAAAAAAGGAAGACAGCACUGGGUGGUUGUGCUCACCUUUACUCCUACCACUCAAGAGGCAGAGGCAGGUGGAUCUCUCUGAGUUCCAGGACAGCCAGAGCUACACAGAGAAAUCCUGUCUUAAAAACAAACGAGAAAGAAAAAGGAAAGCAGAGGGGAGAGGAAAGCAGAAUAAGCAGGCUGGGCACUCACCCCAUCUCUCUGAAGCCUCUGUGCCCAGCGUCCUGCUGUCAGAACCCCUGUCCUGAGGCUUGCCCACAUCCCGGCAGACAGCCUAACCUGCCAGGGUCAUCAAGGCCCAUGUCAGAAGUGUCAGUGGGGGCACCCAGACAGGUUCCCAGGUGGCGGAAUGCCUGUGUUUGUGGUGGAGCCACUUUUCAGCUUUGGGUGGGUACGGCAUAAACCCUCGUGACCUUGCAGCUGACAUUCCUCAGAAACCACAUGGUCCCAACUGGCAGGGACAGCUGCAGACGGUUCCCAGGGUGGUGCCCGUUAUUCAUCCAGGCCCUACUCAGCUCCUGGUUGCUUUUUGUUCCCAGUGGGCAGUGGGCAGCCGAUACUUUGGAUCCAGCACCAUGAGGGUCUAGAAGCAGCUAACCAACCACGGUCUUUUCCUGAGUGGCCAGGCUGUGGGAAGAUGGGGCAGGACCAGACAAAGCAACAGAUUGAAAAAGGACUACAGCUGUACCAGUCCAACCAGACAGAGAAGGCACUGCAGGUGUGGAUGAAGGUGCUGGAGAAGGGCUCCGACCUCGUGGGCCGCUUCCGGGUGCUAGGAUGCUUGGUCACAGCUCACUCAGAGAUGGGCCGCUACAAAGAGAUGCUGAAGUUUGCUGUGGUCCAGAUUGACACUGCACGGGAGCUUGAGGAUGCCGACUUCCUGCUUGAAAGCUACCUGAACCUGGCACGCAGCAAUGAGAAACUGUGUGAGUUCCACAAAACCAUCUCCUACUGCAAGACCUGCCUUGGCCUGCCUGGCACCAGGGCUGGUGCCCAGCUUGGGGGCCAGGUCAGCCUGAGCAUGGGCAAUGCUUUCCUGGGCCUCAGCCUCUUCCAGAAGGCCCUAGAGAGUUUUGAGAAGGCCCUGCGCUAUGCCCACAACAAUGAUGACACCAUGCUGGAGUGCCGCGUCUGCUGCAGCCUGGGCAGCUUCUACGCCCAGGUCAAGGACUAUGAGAAAGCCCUGUUCUUUCCCUGCAAGGCUGCAGAGCUUGUCAACGACUAUGGCAAAGGCUGGAGCCUCAAGUAUCGGGCCAUGAGUCAGUACCACAUGGCUGUGGCCUACCGCCUGCUCGGCCACCUGGGCAGUGCCAUGGAGUGUUGUGAGGAGUCCAUGAAGAUUGCUCUGCAGCAUGGCGACCGACCACUGCAAGCGCUCUGUCUGCUCUGCUUUGCCGAUAUCCACCGGAGCCGCGGGGACCUGGAGACAGCCUUCCCCAGGUACGACUCCGCUAUGAGCAUCAUGACUGAGAUUGGAAAUCGCCUGGGACAGGUACAUGUGCUGCUGGGUGUGGCCAAGUGCUGGAUGGCCAGGAAGGUGUUGGACAAGGCUUUAGAUGCCAUUGAGAAAGCCCAGGACCUGGCUGAAGAGGUUGGAAAUAAGCUGAGCCAUCUCAAGCUGCACUGCCUGAGUGAGGUCAUCUACCGCAGCAAAGGGCUGCAGCAGGAGCUCCGCGCGCACGUCGUGAGCUUCCAUGAGUGUGUGGAGGAGACCGAGCUCUACUGUGGCCUGUGUGGCGAGUCCAUCGGGGAGAAGAACAGCCGGCUGCAGGCCCUGCCGUGCUCCCACAUCUUCCAUCUCAGGUGCCUGCAGAGCAAUGGCACUAGGAGUUGCCCCAACUGUCGCCGCUCCUCCAUGAAGCCAGGUUUCGUGUGACUUCAGUGGCCAUCUUGGGUUUUUACACCACUUCCCUUGGCCCUUUCUCUACCAUCAAGCUGGAAGCCCUGGUGAAAUCCUAGAAUAGCUACCAGGACCUCCAUUACCAAUUUAAGGCCUGGGGUCUGCCUGCUGCUUCUCUGGUCCUUGCUCCCCUCCCCUGCCUCUUUCUACUUUGUUCUUUAUAGAAAAAUAAACUGCUUGU